AUGCCAUCGUCUACUUUGGAUGACUUGGUGAAGGCACCAGAACAUCAAAUCAGGGCUAUCCUUCGCGCCCUCUGCCAGGACCAGGGUAUUCGCGACCGCGUCCUAGGACACUUGGACGAUUUACUAGCCACUGAUGAUACGCCUACCAACAGUAAGAAGCGCAAGGCUGAUGACGAGCUCUGUAUCUGUGUCCAGUGCGACGAGGCCUUUAUCAAAAGUGAAAAUACUGAUGACACGGCAUGUUAUUACCACUGGGGAGAACUUGAGGUUGACUACGAUGCUGAUGCUUGGGCCGACCACGAUGAAAGUUGCCAUGGGACUAUAGAUACGGAAGAAAUGCGCAAAGAAAACCCCGAUGGAUUUAUCUGGACCUGCUGCGACAAGCCAGGCGGUGGUGAAGCAGGGUGCAAACUUGGAAAACAUGAAGCCGAUCCCGCAAAGUCGAGACGAGAGACGGGGUUUGAACCAAGUGAUUCUGACGAAGAAGAAGAGGAGGAGGAGGAGGAGGAGGAGGAGGAGGAGGAGGAGGAGGAGGAUGAGUGA